AUGUCGAUCAAGCUCGCUUCAAUGUCUCCUGACAAUGUCUAUGAGAUUGAGGAGCUGCCGCAGGAUGAGCGCACCUUGCGAGGACAGAGACAUCGCAGAACCUUCUACUGGAUAACACAGACAGCCAUUGGGAUGACACUCGUCUACCUUACCGCUCGAUUCUACUUCCUGCUCAUGACCCCGGCAACAACAUGGAGGAUGUGGGUGAUGAUGGGUGUUGAAUGCUUGUUUGCUCACAUGUCAUAUCAACAUCAAUCCGUGUCGCUGUCGGCUACCAGAUCUCCCCACGGCUCGCGAAAGAGACUGCGGUUGCGCCACGGCCCCCAUCUUCCAACAGUCGAUGUGCUGAUAACAUGCUGCGGGGAGUCGGUGGAGAUAAUCUUGGACACCGUUCGCGCAGCUUGCUCGCUAGAUUACCCAAGUUCGCAGUUUCGGGUCCGCUUACUGGAUGAUGGCGCGUCGACGGAACUUCGCGAUGAGAUUGCCAAACUGUCCACAACCUGGAGCCACUUGACAUAUCACAGUCGCGGCAAACAAUCCAACCAGUCGUUUGCCAAAGCAGGCAACCUGAAUUAUGCUCUCUUUUCGUUGCAAACUGAGGACCCGCCCGAGUUCUGUACAGUUGUGGAUGCGGACUCUAUUCUCAUGCCCCAUUUCCUGCGCGCAACGUUGCCUCAUCUGCUGAAAGAUCCCCAAGCAGCGUUGGUCACUACCCGCCAGUACUUUGACAACUUGCCUCGGGGGGAUCCGCUCUCCCAAUCCCGCGGGUAUUUCUACACCUGCGAAAAUACCGAGCUUGACUUGGUCGGCUACGCUGUUGAUGCGGGAUCGGGGGCCGUGUUUCGUCGCCAGGCCAUCUUGGAUGUCGGGGGCUACCCGACUUUCUCUUUCUCCGAGGACUGGCAGCUGUCACUUGUCCUGCGAGGCAUGGGGAAACGCACAAUGCAGGUGCAAGAGGUCUUGCAGUUUGGUCUCGUGCCAACUACUCUUGCGGGACAUCUCAAACAGCGCAAUCGAUGGCACAUUGGGCAUUCCCAACAAAUUUCCGUGCUAUUGGCGUCUGCUAAAAAUACGAUUCCGCGACACCUUCGCUGGGAUAUUGCUACUGGGGGAUUAUCAAUCAUGGCAGGACUGGCAACGUAUGCAAUCGGCUUUUUCGCGCUGCCGAUAAUCUUGUUCUCCGAAGGUGAUCUGUUUCCCAGUCAAUCUGUGUUUGAGAUUAAAGCACAGGUAGUGCUGGCGAUCUUACAUGAGGCCUCCACAUGGGCAUAUCACUGGUCCCGGAGUACGCAUGCAAGUGUGCCAUUCAUGCCUCUUGCACACACGGAGAAUAGCUGGCUUGCUCCAGCACAUCUGUACUCGGUCAUCCAGUUCCACAUGUUCGGUAGCAAGCCCAAGGGUUCCUUCGUCACAGGAAGUGAAAUCAAUUGCAAUGGCGACGCCUCGCCGGCCAGACUACUUCCGAAAAUCCACAAGGAUAUUCUAGGAUGUGGGUUGUGGUUGAACUUGUGUUUGUUUGCUGCUCUAUUGGGUGGGAUACUUUCAUCAAUCUAUGCCCCGUUCGCUGGCACUGGUCCUUUGGCCCCCAGGUUAUUUUCCUCCAUCGCCUGGCCUCCACUAUUGGGUCUGGCACUCUCUGGACUUUUCAAUCAUUGGAUCCCCGUGGCUUAUCUCUUCAAGUCACCAGUGUAUCCCUCUCGGGCCUCUGGACUUGUGAUCACUGAAACAAAAGUACCAGUCGCAAGCGAAAACAUCCAAGGAGGCAAUAUGGACAAAGCGUCCAAUUUGGUCCGAACUUAUGCAUUUGCUUUGCCAGCGGUUUUCGUCGGAAUGCUCGUCGGAGCCCUUGCCUUUCUUUAG